AUGGGACACCUUCUGAAGCUUCCGACUGACCCAAGAUUUACAAAAGAUAUAAUGAAGUCUAUCUGGUCUGUCGGGAAGCUGCAGCAACGCAGCGUUAAGGGCCAAGCCAGCCGUCGCUUCGCCAAAGUUGAAGCUGUAGCCAAGCAAGCCCUGACGCCAGGGAAGGCAGCAGCAAUGAAAAACGCCUUGAGCUACUAUGUCUACCAGAAUCCGAACCCCAUGGCUGUCAACCUCCAAGAGGGCCACGCUGUUCGUGUGGGGCAGAUGAACAUCAUGAGAAAGUUUCUCUCGGAUCUGGGCCACACUGCACUGUGA